AUGUCGGAUUCCAUAAGUCAUCCUUUUGUGGGAAGAGAGGAAUUCCUAUUGCUCUUCGAGGAAGCCUGGGAUGAUCAUAAAUUUAUGGGAAUAUUUGGUUUGAAAUCCGUAGGAAAGAGCAGGACAGCACUAGAGCUAACCAGACGUUUUCAGGAAAGGACUAUGAACACAUCAAAGGUAAUUGUUCGGCAGCUUCCAAAGGUCAGGCCCAUGUUUCAUCUGUAUCGGCGGGUUCUUAGCGAGCUAAAGAUGUACGACAGUUUGAGGGGAAAUAUGAAUCAGGCAGCCUCUUUGAUUGCAGAGUUUAUUCGUGACCUUGACCAUGAAAUGGUUAUGAUAAUUGAUAAUUGUGAGAAAGUCAUCGAGAGUGACGAAUACGCGGCUUUUAUCAACUUCAUCUUGACGCUUACCCAGAAGUCAGUUCAUUUACAUAUCAUUGUAACAUCUUAUGUAGAUAUACCGGAAGCGGAACGUCAUCUUGGAUUCUUUCGGGAUCUUUCACCUUUCAACAAGGACGAAUCGUUUAUUUUCCUUUAUCACAUCGUCCCAGAGGAGAGUGCUGCAAAUUUGAGGAAAAUGGCCGCUCUGUGUGAAGGUCUUCCGCUCGCUCUACAAAUGAUAGGUACACAACUAGGCGAUUACACUGCGGAUGAGAUGAUUAUGCUGCUGACAGCCUCUAGAAUAGAGUAUCUCAGUAAUGAGUUUUAUCCAGCAGACGAGAAACCUGGCUAUGUAUUUACUAAGCUGAUCAACCAGUUAUCUGCCCUUUUUCAACAACGACUCGCAGCCUUGGAAUAUAUUCCAGCUUCAUUUCAGUUAGAACAAGCUCGUGGAAUGAUAUAUAAUAUUACGACAGCAGAAGAUUCAUCACUACCUUUGAAUCUCCGACGGCAAGACCUCAACAAUACUUUGGACUACCUACAAGGACAUCAUAUCCUCAGUUUUGACCAAUCAGCAGGGCGAUACAACAUAUAUGGCAUACUGAAAGAUUGCAUUCGACUAUCUAAUAUCAUUUGUGAUAAGAAAAAGGUGCGAGAUCGAUACUGUCGUGUAUUUGGCAAUGUGCUCAAGAACAUCAGCUCCAAACUCGACACAACAGAGUACACACAAGCACUUGAACAACUCAGUCAUGACUUUCCAAAUCUACAGAAGCUUCUCAGUGAUGUAGAAUACAGUACUGGUGAUACAUACCACGUGUUUGUGGAUCUCGUGACGUCAUCUACGCAACUUCUGCACAACUAUAUGGGAGAGGAGAGUGUCUCAUUUUACAGAAAAUGUUUGGAGAUAACCCCACAGUUUGGCAAACCAGAGGACGAGGCUAUACUCAGAGGUGGAUUCGGCAAAAUGCUGACAGUAGAAAGGGCAAAGUUUAUUGAGGCGGAGAGCAACUACAGAACAAGUCUAGCACUUCUGGGCGACAGCGAUCUCAGUCCAACACACGUGACUAUCUACUCAAACCUUGGGGAAAACCUUAACCAUCAGUCUCGGAAGGCUGAGGCGCUGGAAGCUCUACAAGUAUCCCUUCAUAUAGCUGACCAACUCGGUAUGUACGAUGAGGACCCAAUCCUGGACACUCUGAUUAACCUUGGCAGGGUGUACGGACUGGCAGAACUCCGCGAGGAAGGAGAGAGUUGUUUGCACAAAGCUUUAAGCAGAAGUAUCAGAAGAUUUGGGACAAAGUUUAAUAGAAUAUCCUCAAAGUGUUACAACAGUUUGGGCUCAUUAAAACAAACAAAUCAAGACUAUGACACGGCACUUGAAUAUUUCUCAGAGGCACUCGACAUCAGAACGAGGCUAAAAGAGGGUGUGCAAGCCAUUGUCGCAUCUCUUAACAACGUGGCACUACAGAAAUCUGCACAUGGAGACAAUAAAAUUGCCAUGGAGAUGCUCUACCAAGCAGAAUUGACGCUGGCAAGGACCCCGGGGGUUCAUGGGAUAGGCCGUCUGGCGACUUUAGAAAACUUAGGUCGGAUGAACCAUCGAAUUCGAAAUUACAAUACUGCUAUUCCCUACUUCCUUGAGGUUCUGAAAAUACGUGAUGUCGAAACUCCCAGAAACGUAAACGUCAUGGAAAUGUUGGAACUACUGGCAGGGUCGUAUGUGAUGCAGGGACGGUACAGAGAGUCUGUAGACGUAUGGGAGAAGGCUAUAGGUAUAACGCAGGUAGUUCAAUCGGCUAUCCCAGGGUACCAGCUUCCAUUGUAUUGUUACCUUAGUUAUAUGGAAGUAUUGGUAAAGAUCCAGGAAAUCGACAGAAUAAAGGAAAUCAGCAAGGAGGCUAAAAGAGAAUAUGAACGAUUAAUUUCCUUACAUGAAGGAAACAAUCGGACAGACUUAGUGAAUCGGUUUAGUUCGCGAUUCCGUGCCACAAGAAAGAGCGUCAUGAGCAGCACUGGCUUUGAUAUUGGGUGA